AUGUCCCAAAUGGAAAAUGAAUCACUGAGAGAAGAUGUGGGUGAAUCUGAUGAAAAUGUGCAAAAGACAGUGGAGGAAGAUGUGACCAAGAAUAAUGGCGAGGAAGCCGAACCUACGUUUAUGAGCCAGAAAAGUCCAGAAGCCAAAAGUCCAGAAACCAAAAGUCCAGAAGCCAAAAUCCCUGAGCUCAGGUUAACAUUAUCUCUUCUUUCUCUAGGUCAUGGAAUCUCAAAUGUCAUUGAAAAAGCAGAAACAUCCCUAGGGAUCCCCAGCCCUACUGACUUACCAUCUGAUGCCAGAGAUGCAAUAAAAGAAAGCCACAAUUCUGAAGAUGUAAGUGAUGACAAGAAAGAGAAUGAAAAUCCCUCACCUCUCAGUGGUGCUUUUGGAAUGUUUUCUACCAUUUCUUCUGCUGUUCAGAGCACGGGGAAAACAGUUAUAAGUGGAAGUCUGGAUGCAUUAGAAUACAUCGGUAAAAAGACAAUGGACGUGAUAGCUGAAGGUGACCCUGGAUUUAAGAAAACAAAAGGCUUGAUGAACAGAAAUUCCACACUAUCUCAGGUCUUGCGAGAGGCCAAGGAAAGAGAACAACAGAGGACAGCUGCUGAGGUUUCCAUGACUACAGAGAAGAAAGCACAUUACGGAUUGCUUUGUGAAAUCUGUUAUAAGUACACUUUCUGGUGAGGAGUUUGCUACUUUAAAGGAAGAGCUGGAAAAGCUGAAAGAAGCAUUUUCAUUAGCUGAAUUUGAUGAUGAUGAAGAUGAAGAAGAAGAAAAAAAAGAAGACGAAGAUUUCACAGUUGAAGUGGGCAUACUCUUUUCACAGCUGCGCAUCUCUCUAAAACCAGCUAAAUUGCUCCAAGCAAGGAACUCUGCUCAUGAAUUAGUUAAAAACCUCAACAUGCAAGUGGUCAAGGAAGCAGAACAACACGAAGGAGAAGGAGACCAGGAAGUGGGCUCAGGAGAUACUGAGCAAGAGAAUAAAAAGUCAGUGGAGGAUAUUCACAUGGUUGCAAUCACAAGCCUGGCUGAGUUGACGGCUUAUUCCAUUGAAAUGUUCCACAAAACUGCAGCAUUGGUUCUUCAUGGGCAAAAAGAAGAUGUGUUGGCUAUAAUCCGAGCUAAAGCCCUUUCCCAAAUGACCAUUUUGCUGUGCAAACAAUUGUCAUCUCUCUCUAAAGAAUUUGCCACAUGCUUAACAACUGCAGGGGUGGAGAAGAAGGCUGAUGUGCUCAACCCUUUAAUCACGGGAGUGUUUUUGGAGGCUUCCAACAGUGCCUCUUAUAUCCAAGAUGCCUUCCAACUACUUUUGCCAGUGCUGCAGAUCUCGCACAUCCAGUCUCAGAAAGAGUUAUCUCAGCAAUAAAUCAAAGUCUGACUAAACUGGAACAUCACUUCCAAUGGACCUGAAUGGAAGUUCCCUUGUUCCAUAAGAAGAUGAAAGCGUUUUAAUAUAAAUUAAGACAUAUAUGUUGACUUGUAGUUUUCCACCGACCAGAAUAAGGCCAUUAUGUAGCCACCUACCUACAUAGACAAGAUGGCAGCAAAGGCAGCAUAGGAAGUUUGUAAUGCAAUUUGUCUUCAUUGUUUUGCUGGAUAAAGUUCUAUCUGCUUCUGCUCUUUAGUCUUCUGCAUUAUGCUCCUUGAGAUAAGAGCGUUAUUAAGGAAAGUGCAAGGGGCGCAUAGCAUAACAAUGUUCAUGGCAUGAGACCUUAGAUUAUUGGAGUCAGUAGCUGCUGCAAUUGCAUUAUACUCACAUUGAAAUGCUAUUUUAAGUAAAAUGCCUAGCACUCCAAAGAGAUGCUGAGAAAAUAAGAUUUGUUUCAGGACAUGUGAGUGAUAUUUCAAUUGUCUACUCUAAGAUCUGGAGAUCCCAAAGGGGGGGGGGGGAACCUUUAAAAGAACAGCUAAGGUUGUAGCUGUAAGGGUUAUUUGAAAGGAGAAAAAGGGCCACUUAUAUAUUUUGACUUGCUCCCCAGUAAGCUUUAUGCUUCCCGUGUGAAAAGGUUUUAGACAAAUUAAUGGUCUGACCUUUUAUUGAUGGACGUUCUCUACUAGUGCUAAUUUGAGAUAGAUUUGGGUUGUUUUUUUAGAGAAACACUUUUUAUGUAAUAGCAUCUGACGUUUAAAUAAACACAUUUUGCUAGACCUCACUUAGUCAAUAGAUUUUCAGUGUCCUACUUCCUUAGCAGUAAAUAAAAGGAGCCAGAAGGAGUUGACUUGAUUGAAAGAAAAGUAAGGCUUUUGAUAAAUGCCUUGAAGUAAGAUGGGCGGUUUAUAAAUUUUAUAAAUAAAUAAAUAAAAUGAAGCUAUCAAGGGGAGCUUACAACUUGGAUGCAGCAUCUCAUGACUCAUUAGCCCCACUCAUGACUCUGGAUAUUUCUAUGAAAAUAAUUUUUCAGGUUCUGGAACUUUGCCUGAAUUCCCAAAUUGUGAUUUAAUUCUUCGUAUCAUAACUCCAAAGACUUCAGAAUACAAAUUCCUCUUGUCUUUUUUGUCCAAUUGUUACCUUGUACAAUUUUGUCUUGUUCCAUAAUGUAUAUGUUUGUUUACUUGUUCCUUCCUAGAAUCUGCUCAGGGAAAUUCUACUAAGUUUUAUGUUUUGAACAAGCAGCUUUCUAUGAUUACAAUAACUCAAAUAUCACUUCAGCAAAGAAAAAAGAGUUGAACUGCAACUCGUUUUACUUUAGUGAAUGUCCUUGCUUUUAACUUUAUUAGCAUUUCUUUGUUUUAACUGUGAUUCUAAAUUUCCAUCUGGUUGCUUGAUGGCCUUAGAGUUACUAAAUUACUUUAUUACCAUAUUAUAGCAUUAGCAAGGAAUGUUGGAACAAUGCAUUAUAUACAUAUACAUACGUCUGUGUGUGUGUAUUUAAAAAUGUUUAAACACAUAUAUGUGUAUGUACAUACAUACAUACACACAUUCAGUAAAAAAUACCCCUUAACUUUACAAAUAAAUUAGGCUUUUAGAUAGUUUAAUUUCUAGCAAAGAAUCUAUUUUAUCUAUUCUAAAUAUGUAUGUGUAUAUUGUAUACAGAGAAUAAAUGUCUUAUGAUGCAAUAAGGAAAUGGCUGCUUAUUAAGUAAGUUGACCAUUGAAUACCUACAGUUACUAAUGUUCAGGUCAACAAAACAAUAUUUUGCCAUGUGCUGCUUUCCUACAUUUUCUUGCUUAUUCAUGUAUGGAAGAAAUCUGCAUUGUUUAAAUAAAGUGAUAGCAUACGUGGUGAAUAUACAGUAUAUUGGGAAGAAUACAUGCAUUUUAUUUGUCUACUUAUGUAAAGUUUAAGCUUAAAUUUAACAUGCAGAUUCCACAAUAUUGUUUUACUCUAAUAGAAGACAAUAGCUAUCUGUUCAAAUGGAACAAUUGUGUAUUUUCUCCAAUAGUUGCCCAGCCCUUGUUUCAAAUGAGUCAUAGACUUUGUGAAAUACUUUGUAUUUGAUUAUAGAAGUCGUGUUAUAGACUAUAGAGAAAUGGCACUUCCAAUUAAUAAAAAUGGCCUGAAGGUAA